GUGAAACAAGCGCGUCCGCAGCGAUGCCCGCGGUGAUGGACGGGGACGAGGAGUUCGGCGCCUUCUUGUCUGUCCACGCCGGGGCUCUGCAGUCCUCGGGGAUACCCCAGCUUUACUGGGGAAGCCUUCACCACAAACUUGUCAAUGAGGUCUACGAUGCUGGGGAGGUGUUCGGGAUCAUGCAAAUCCAAAACGACGACGACGACGAGACGGAGGACGAGGAGGAGAAGUCCAAUCCUGGCGUGCAGGAGGUUACGUGUAAAGUGGUUGUGACGCGUGAGAAUGGACUGCAAGCCUCCGAGGCGACCAGUGUGUUUCUGGUGGACCAUGCGUGGACAUACCGCGUGGAGCACGCCCGGCAGCAGCUGGAGCAGAUUCCGGGCCUGCUGCCCAGGAUGGCGGCCCUCAUGGGGCUGGACUUCCAUGGAGAGGCUCCCGACCCCGACGUGGUGGAGAUGGUGCUGGAGCGCAUGUGGAAGUACAACCAGACCUAUCAGCUGUCGGAGGGGUCGGCGGAGGAGAAGGUGCCGGUGUGGUACAUCAUGGACGAGUUUGGCUCUCAGGUGCAGCACUCUGACCAGCCCAGCUGUGGCAUGGCCCCCUUCUUCUACAGCCAGGCCCAGCUGGCCUACACUGUUCUCUGGCCUCUGCAGGAUCUCCAAGAAGGAGAUGAAGUAACCCGUGACUAUGCCUACGGCGAGACCAACCCCCUCGUGAGGCGGUGCCGCCUGUUGCCGUGGAUCCCGACGGACCUCCAAGAUGUCAGCACAGUCACUGCCGAGCCCUCGGACCUGUACUUUGAGACCAUUUCACAGGAAAACAAAGAGAAGUUUCCGGUGGAUAUCCAGCCACGUGCCGUCCCCGAGGAAAAAGUCCUCAAGGUCUAUUCUAACAUGAGCCAAGUGCGAGACAACCUCACACAUCCUCGAUUCCAGCUCACCGAGACGGAGGAGGACGCCGAUGUGCUCUGGGUCUUCACACACAUCAGGGACUACAGGAAGCUGAGCGAAGAGCGACCUCAUGUGAUGGUGAACCAGUUUCCUUGCGAGACCAUCGUUACAGUGAAGGACUGCCUGUCCGCGGUGUCCCGGAGAGCUCAGGGGGGCCGGGGGGCCGAGUGGCUCCCACAGACGUUCAACCUGCAAACAGAGCUGCCCCAGUUCAUCAGACAUUACCAGCAGAGACGAGAGAGGGGUGAAGACAACCACUGGAUCUGCAAACCGUGGAACCUGGCUCGUGGAUUGGACACACACAUCACCAACAAUCUGGACUACAUCAUCAGGCAGAGAGAGAGCAUACCAAAGGUGGUGUGCAAGUACCUUGAGGAUCCAGUGCUGUUCCAAAGGGAGGAAGUGGGGUUGGUGAAGUUCGACAUCCGCUACAUGCUGAUGCUUCGCUCUGUCCAGCCUCUGCGCCUCUAUGCCUAUGAUGUGUUCUGGCUACGCUUUGCCAACAGACCGUUCUCCCUGGACCAUUUUGAUGAUUACCAGAAGCACUUCACCGUGAUGAACUAUACAGAAGGCGUGGAGCUCAAACAGGUCCACUACGAUCAGUUCAUCCCAAUGUUUGAGGGCCAGUACCCACAGUAUCCAUGGAAGGAGGUGGAGGAGGAGUUGUUUAAGGCAUUUGGGGAGCUCUUCCAAGUAGCCUCUUCCCGACCGGCUCCAUACGGUAUCUGGCCUUACCCAUCUUCUCGGGCCAUCUAUGCGGUUGACCUCAUGCUGAAAUGGGGUACAGGCCAAAACGGUGAGCGGGUCAUGAAGCCUCAGAUUCUGGAGGUGAACUUCAGUCCAGACUGUGCCCGGGCCUGCCUGUACCAUCCCUCCUUCUACAACCACAUGUUUCAGACUCUCUUCCUCGACCAGGUCGAACACUGCCCGGUCACCAGGAUCCUCUGACAAGCUUCACCUUGCCAUGCGCUUUGGUUUCUUGAACAUGGCAAGAAUGCCCAAACCAGUCACCCCCCCCCCUCUCCGUUUACUGGAUGCCCCCCACCCAUUUCUCGCGUCUUGUUCUUCCAAAAUGUACUUUUUAUUUCGAGUGGGUGGUUUACGUCAUCCAGUAUGCUGCUGCAUUCUCCUCUCUCUCUCUCUCUCUCUCUCUCUCUCUCUCUCUCUCUCUCUCU